GAUGCUAUUUUGGAAACAAGCAGCUGAAAGUGCAACCAUUCGAUGAAAGCUCAAGGGUACAGACGCGGGUCCGGGACCAUGGAAAAGGGAUCUCUCCAAAUAUCCACGCUUGAGCCGCACAAAUAAUACAUAAUUUAAAAUGAACAACACAAUUAACAUGGACGCGGAGAACCGUGUAGUUCUGAACGUGGGAGGGAUUCGGCACGAAACUUAUAAGGCGACCUUGAAGAAAAUUCCAGCAACUCGAUUGUCUCGGCUCACCGAAGCUUUGGCUAAUUACGAUCCUGUAUUGAAUGAGUAUUUUUUUGAUAGGCAUCCGGGGGUGUUUGCGCAAGUCCUAAAUUAUUACAGGACAGGCAAGCUGCAUUAUCCCUCGGAUGUUUGCGGUCCUCUAUUCGAAGAGGAACUUGAAUUUUGGGGCCUUGACGCGAACCAAGUAGAGCCUUGCUGUUGGAUGACUUAUACUCAACACAGGGAUACCCAAGAAACUUUAGCAGUCUUAGAUAGGUUAGAUAUAGAUACGGAAAAACCCAGUGACGAAGAAAUAGCUAGGAAAUUUGGAUACGAAGAUGAUUAUUUUAAAGGCAGUUUAUCGUGGUGGCAGUUGAUGAAACCGAAACUUUGGUCAUUAUUCGACGAGCCAUAUUCAUCGACAGCUGCAAAAGUGAUAGGUGUCCUUUCAGUAUUUUUCAUCUGCGUGUCCAUUUUGUCGUUUUGUUUGAAAACCCACCCGGACAUGAAGGUGCCCGUUAUCAACAGGAUACUAGUGAGGACGAACAAUAAUUCGAGCGACUACAUCCUGGACAAAUCGGACACGGACGCUCACGUGGCCUUCUUUUAUAUCGAAUGCAUAUGCAACGCGUGGUUUACUUUGGAAAUUUUAAUUCGGUUUAUCACAAGCCCGAACAAAUGCGAUUUCAUCCGAUCCUCAGUGAACAUCAUCGACUACAUCGCCACCGCGAGUUUCUACAUCGACUUGAUGCUGCGCAGAUUCGCCUCGCAUCUGGAAAACGCAGACAUCAUGGAGUUUUUCUCCAUUAUACGUAUUAUGCGACUUUUUAAACUCACCAGGCAUUCGUCCGGAUUGAAAAUUUUAAUCCAGACGUUUCGAGCCUCCGCCAAGGAACUUACGCUGUUGGUUUUCUUCCUUGUAUUAGGUAUCGUAAUAUUCGCAAGUUUAGUCUACUACGCGGAAAGAAUACAAACGAAUCCAGACAACGAUUUCAAAAGUAUCCCAUUAGGUCUAUGGUGGGCACUAGUAACAAUGACCACCGUAGGAUACGGUGACAUGGUACCCAAAACCUACAUAGGAAUGUUCGUGGGUGCCCUUUGUGCCUUGGCCGGUGUACUGACGAUAGCGUUGCCGGUGCCUGUGAUUGUUUCAAAUUUUGCUAUGUAUUAUAGUCAUACGCAGGCCCGAGCAAAACUGCCCAAAAAACGAAGACGAGUUUUACCGGUGGAACCUACACGUGGCCCUAGAAUACCUGGACCUGGUGCGCCACCGUCAGGGGCUGCCACGGGCCUUGCCAAUGCGACAGGACCCGCGGCAGCCCAGAAUCGAAGAGUAAAUGCUAUGAAGUCCAAUCAUCCUAGUAGAGAGAACUUAUUGGGUGCGCCUGUUCCUAAAAUGGGUGACGAACGUAGACAAUCAAACUUGCGUUCGAACGGCACACCCUCUAAUCCCCAGAUUGAAUAAUACGAGGGGACUGAUAGGGGUAACGGCGUCCCUCAAUCCAAACGGCGUUGGUCUCGAAUCAAAUCCAGCGUUUUUAAUGGCGAGACCCCAGUGUGACUCGAAAAACAGCUCCACUGCGACCCCUCAAGACACUAAAGUUGUCCUAUCGGAAUCCGGACAAUGUCAGACGACAAUGGUUAAAACGUAAAACAUGACGAAGAUAUUUUAGGUUUUUUAAUUUUUUGAAUCAGAAAAAUUUGCUUAAAAGAAAAGUAUGUUGUGGGCCAAGAGGCGACACUAUAAUUGACUCAAAAUCUAAGGCUUGUCCAAAUACGCAUACACUCAAGUUCAGAAGUCUUUCACCUCUGUGAUGAAACUGGUAUUUUAAGUUUCACGAAAUAUUUUUGCUUUGCUUUGAUAAGAUACAAUUUAUAGCAAUAUUUCCUUAAUUUAAUAGUUUAAGUCUUAAUUCACUCAACACCGAAUUAUUCAGCUUUUUUUUAAGUUUUUUGGCCUUGAGUAUUCAAAAUUUAUUCUUACUCUUUUAAUUCUUUUUCUGUGCUCGUCGAGAAUAUAAUCUAUAACAAUUCCAGUUGAUGGUAAUUACUCUAGAAGUUAAACAGUUUAGUUUGCAAACAGUUCCAAGUUGUUAAACUUGUUUUAUUGAUGCAUAAUUCAAAUAACUUCAAGCUAAUUUUCUUAAUCACACAUAAAUAGUUUCUAAUCUGUGUAUUUAUUUACUGAGAUAAUUUGAUAACUAGAACGAUGAACUAUACUUCCUUACUUUAAAUUUCGUUACUUUAUUUUCCCAUCUUAUCCAGGCUGCAACAGUCGGUGACUCAAUAUAGAACAGGGCAGUUUUUAAUCGAAAGGUCCAUCUCGAUCAGAUUUCUGACACUCAUCAAACUCUCUACGGCACUAUAUUUCAGAGUUAUUAUUGCCAAAGUUUUAAGAGAUUCUACAGCUGUUCAAAUUUGGUGCUGA